AAGCGAAAAUACGUUUGAUGAGUUUGACUACGACGACGAAGAGCUAGAUGAAGCAGACGGAUAUUUUACCAAAGAGACCCCAAUGAUGAGCUUUUUGGAAACCCAAGAACUACCAACCCAGGACCCCAAUCCCGAUGAUGAACCCUCCGUGGAAGAAAAGCUGGAAGAAAGUGUGAACAGCGCCCCUUUAGAACCAGAAGAAAAAGCUCGUGCAUGUGCGAUGCUACUGGCCAGGAGGAAUACCUUUGCUUGUAAUAUGACUGAUCUUGGAAAAACGAACGUCGUGAAAUAUGAAAUCAAUACCGGUCUGGGUGCCGUGUUGGCCCAGAAAGACGAUCUGGGAAAAGAGUACGUUGUAGUGUACGCAAGUCGGGCUCUAACAAUACCCGAAACGAAUUAUAGUACCACUGAACUCGAAUGUUUGGCAGUUCU